CCUCUUUGUCCUGUCAAACAGAGAAAAAAGGACAUUCGUACACACAUACAUUAUGUCUUGGGAUUCGAACAACAACGCUUCAGGCGGUGAUAGCUGGGGCGCCUCUGCUGGCGGUGGCGGCGAUGCCGGCUGGGGUGGUUCUUCUGGAAAUGCAGGAGGUGGUGGUGGUGGUGGUGACUGGAACGCCGGUAGCGCACCUUGGGGCAAUGAUUCUAGUGGUGCUGCUGCUGAUCCCACCCCUCAAUGGAAUGCAGGCGGUGACAACCAGUUUGGUGGUAGUGACAACAACCAAUUUGCCAACGGUAAUGCCGGCGGUGACUAUGGCGCUAGUGGUGACUAUGGCGCUAGCGGUGACUACGGCGCUGGUGGUGAUGAUUAUGAAUCUAAGCCAAAGCGCGAACCUCGUCCAGGAGACUGGGAUUGCCCCGAAUGUGGCGUCAACAACUUUGCCAGCCGUCAAGAGUGUUUCAAGUGCUCUGCUGCCCGUCCUGAGGGUAUGGGUCCUCCCAAGCGCGAACCUCGUCCCGGAGAUUGGGACUGCCCAGAAUGUAGCGUCAGCAACUUUGCCAGUCGUCAAGAGUGCUUCAAGUGCUCUGCUGCACGUCCCGAAGGCGUCGGUCUCCCUCCACAGCCUGACCGUCCCGAACGCUCGUACAACUGGGCUUCCAACAAGGUCCGUUACGAAUACAAUGAAAACGCCUUGGGUGACGAUGGUAUGGCUCCUCGUGAUGAAAAGCUCGAAGCGGAACUUUUUGGCCUCGAUCCCACAGAGCAGCACACUCCGCUUGAUUUCUCAAAGUAUGCCAACAUCCCUGUCCGCGUCGAACGCGGUGAGGCUCCAGCUGCCGUCCAGACCUUUGAUCAAGCUGACCUGCAUCCCGUAAUGAAGGAGAAUAUCCGUUUGGCUGGCUAUGCUCAACCCACACCUGUUCAGACCUACUCCAUUCCUAUUGUCACUAAUGGCAAAGAUCUGAUGGCUUGUGCCCAGACUGGUUCUGGUAAGACCGCUGCCUUCUUGGUCCCGACCUUGUCUGGUCUGUUUGGCCGCGCCAAGGAGCUCGCUCAACCCCGUCCUGCUCCCUUUGAAACCCGUAGCUUCAAGGCUGAACCCCUUGUCGUGAUCAUCGCUCCUACUCGUGAACUGUGUUCCCAGAUCUUUGAUGAAUGCAGAAAGUUCACCUACCGCAGCAUGUUGAGACCUUGUGCCGUCUAUGGUGGUGCCGACACGGGCUCUCAGUUGCGUCAGCUCGAGCGUGGCUGUGACAUUCUCGCUGCAUCACCUGGUCGUUUGAUGGAUUUCGUUGAGCGUGGCAAGAUCGGCCUGAGCCGUGUCAAGUACCUUGUUCUUGAUGAAGCCGAUCGCAUGUUGGAUAUGGGUUUCGAGCCCAUCAUCCGUGCUCUUGUCCAAAAGAGAGGUCUCAACCCUGAACGUCAGACGCUCAUGUACAGUGCUACCUUCCCUCGUACUAUCCGUAAGCUUGCACGUGAUUUCUUGCAUCCCGACUACCUCUUCUUGAAGGUUGGUCGUGUCGGUGGUACCACCUCCUCCAUCACCCAAAAGGUCAUGUACGUCGACGAAGAAGACAAGAGAGAGGAGCUCCGUGCUCUUCUCAACUCGCAACCACCCAGUCGCACUCUUAUUUUCGUCGAAACCAAGCGUAGUGCUGACAGUUUGGAUCAAUACCUCUUCGACCGAAGCUUCCCAUCCACUUCCAUCCACGGUGACCGUACCCAGAUGGAACGUGAAGACGCCUUGAUUGCUUUCAAGAACGGCAAGUGCCCUAUCCUUGUUGCCACAGCUGUCGCUGCCCGUGGUAUUGAUAUCCGCAACGUCAUGCACGUCAUCAACUUUGAUAUGCCCGAAAGCAUGGACGAAUACAUCCAUCGUAUCGGUCGUACCGCUCGUGUCGGUCGUUCUGGUCUGGCCACUUCCUUCUACAACGAGCGCAGUGAACUUCUUGCUCCUGAAUUGACCAAGCUGCUCAAGGAAUGCAAGCAAGAAAUCCCAGAGUUCUUGCAACAAUAUGUGACUGAGGAUCAGACUUGGGAGGAAGAUUUGGAUGAAGAAAACGUCCCUGCUCCUGAAUAUGCCGGUCAAGAAUACGUCCCACAAGAACGUGGCAUGCCUGGUGGCGACCCCAACGGUGGUGCUGGUGAUGCCGGUGGUUUUGGUGGUAAGCCCGGUGACUGGAGCUGCCCAAGCUGUAGCUUCUCCAACUUCGCCUCCCGUAACGAAUGCAAGGAAUGCGGUACUGCCAACCCUAACCCUAGCAGCGGUGGCUAUGGUGGUGGUGGCAGUGGCGGUGGUAAGCCCGGCGACUGGAGCUGCCCAAGCUGCAGCUUCUCCAACUUCGCCUCCCGUAACGAAUGCAAGGAAUGCGGUACUGCUAAUCCUAACCCCAGCAGUGGCGGUGGUCGCGAACGUCGUGAUGGUGAUUGGGAUUGCUCGUCGUGUGGUGCUGUGAACUUUGCCCGUCGAUCGGAUUGCUACAAGUGCCACGCUGAACGUGAAGGCGGUGGUGACAGCGGUGGCUAUGGCGACUCUGGCUAUGGUAACACUGACUAUGGUGCUACAGCUGACUCUGGCGCUGGUGGUGCUGGAUGGGAUGCCAAUGCUGCUUCGGCCGGCUGGGGUGGUAACAACGAUACUGCUGCUUCUUCCGCCAAGCCUGCGGCACCCGCACCCGCACCUGCUGCUCCCGCCCAAGAAGCUCCCGCUUCGGGUGGAUGGGGUGCUCCUCCUGCUCAAACUGGUGGUGAUGGCUGGGGCGCUGCUCCUGUCAACACUUCUGGCGCCGGAUGGUAACUUGUCUUACAAAAACAACAGAAAAUUCACACCUUGCAAAAGAAAUUCUCAAUUUGCUCAAAUACAACAACGGAACAACAGAGGGAAAGGCUUAGAGAUUAGUCUUUGUAAAAUUUAGAUUAAUCUUUGUACAUACUUAAAAUUACCCUAUUAAAGAACAGUGUUGCAUAUGUAUUUUCUCUUUAC